AGAGAAGAGGGAAAAACAAUAAUUCAAGAAGCGAAUCGAUUUUCAUUCUCUACUACUCCUCUAGUCCUCUGCACUGCGAGGAAAUACAGUACUAUGAUGCCGCUGUACCAGCAACAAAAACGAUUCUUCUUUGUAGUCUUAAGUUUGACAAUCUGGUCGUGUUGGAGACUUGACGGCGCCGUUUCAGACCCCCAGACCACUUAUGUGAAAUCAGGGUGCAGCUCGUAUAACGUCAGCGACGCCUCCGUCUUCACCGGCAACCUCAACGCGACGAUGCGAAACAUCAGGGCGCAGGUCAGCAACCAGAUGAAACACUUCGCGACGGCGUGGGUGGCGAAGAACAACACCCCGGCCUAUGUCCUUUUUCAGUGCCGGUAUUACCUCUCCAUCGCCGACUGUCUCAAAUGCUUGGAUGUCGCCGCCGUUAAAAUAUACAACAACUGCUCCGUCAGCGCCACCGGCGCCCGUCUGUUAUACCAAGGCUGCUACCUAAGGUAUGAAGGCAGUAACUUCUUCUUCGAAUCUACGGAUGCCGGCAACCACCUUUUCUGCGGGAACCGUGUGGCUCGAAGCUCAAGUGACCUAACAUCAACGGUGUCACAAGUGCUUUCAGAUUUGGCAACAGUGACACCGAAAAUCAAUGGUUUCUACGCAGCCACUAAAACGGCAGUGCCUAAUAGUAAUGGCUUGAAUAUUUAUGCCAUCGCCCAGUGCACCGAGACACUCUUUGAGAGUGAGUGCCAGAGCUGCUUGAAUGCUGGGUUAACAGGGUUUCAGAUUUGUCUUAGCAACUCAAAUGCAAUAGCCUUUUAUGCUGGCUGCUUCAUGAGAUACUCCACCACUGCUUUUUUUGCUGAUAACCAGACCACUGAUAUCAAUCAGUUCUUGAAACAAGGAGAUUCAAGCAACCAUAAAAAGGUCAUUAUUGGAGGAGUCAUUGGAGGGGCAUCUCUUGUUCUCGUUCUCCUUGUAUUAUUUGCUUUAUUUAGGCGAUCAAAGAUUUCAAGGACGGUUCCUAAAGGUGAUAUUUUGGGAGCAACUGAAUUGAAAGGCCCAAUUAACUAUAGGUAUAAAGAUCUCAAGGCAGCAACAAAAAAUUUCAAUGAAGAGAAUAAAAUAGGAGAAGGGGGUUUUGGUGAUGUAUACAAGGGCAUUUUGAAAAAUGGAAAAAUAGUUGCCAUUAAGAAACUUGCUGUGGAGAACUCUAAAAAGCUGGAGGAAGAUUUUGAAAGUGAGGUGACUCUUAUAAGUAAUGUUAAUCAUCGAAAUCUUGUUCGACUACUAGGAUGUUGUAUUAAAGGUCAUGAGAGAUUUCUUAUUUAUGAGUACAUGAAGAACAACAAUGUUGGCCAGUUCCUAUUUGGUGAAAAGAAAGGCUCUCUGAACUGGAAGCAAAGAUAUGAUAUUAUUUUAGGUAUAGGAAGAGGUUUGGCAUAUCUACAUGAAGAAUUUCAUGUUUGCAUCAUACAUAGAGAUAUAAAAACAAGUAACAUCCUCUUGGAUGAUCAUUUUCAACCUAAAAUUGCUGAUUUCGGGUUGGCAAGACUUCUACCAAGAGACCAAUCUCAUCUCAGUACAAAAUUUGCAGGAACAAUGGGAUACACAGCACCUGAAUAUGCAAUGCAUGGACAAUUAUCAGAGAAAGUCGAUACAUAUUGUUAUGGUGUUGUUGUCUUAGAAAUCAUUAGUGGACAACGAAGUGGUGAAGUAAAAGAUGACGAUAAAGGCGAGUUCAUUCUUCAAAGAGCAUGGAAAUUGUAUCAGAGCGGGAUGCACAAAGAGUUUAUUGAUAAAACCUUAGAUAGAAAUGUAUAUGAUGUCGAAGAAGUAAGUAAAAUAAUUGAGAUUGGAUUACUUUGCACGCAAGAGUCUGCUACAUUAAGGCCCAAAAUGUCUGAAGUUGUUGAUAUGAUUGAGACCAAGAGCUUAAUGGACAUGGAGCCCACUAUGCCUAGCUAUGUUGAUCCUAAUUUGAUUGUGAGGCCCAAAACAGACACAUCUGUGUGCAAUACUCCAUCAAAUGCUACUGCCUCAAUUUCUACCUUAUCAGGAAGGUGAUUUGGUAGUGUCAUUUGGACUCGUAUCAUUCGUAUGUAUUUGAACUUAAUGAAGGGAUCUAUAAAAACUUUCCUAGCAAAAUUCUUGUUCUCUGAUAAUGAUGAUAACAAUGAGGAAUGAUAUAAGAUAAGAGUCGUUCUUGAUUACAAUGAUGAACAACUAAUAUACAAUGGAAGCUCACAGGCUC